GUGAUUUGGUUUGUAAUUAAUGAUCAGUUUUGUAGAUGGUCCUGUUAAUGUUUCUUCUUUGAGUGAGUAAUAUUGCUCCCUUCUCGUUCUAAACCGACCACCUGCAUACUCGCCCAGCCAACCCCUGCAGUUCCCACCAAAUACAGGACCCCACCCCUAUUGCCCUUCUUCGAGCGGGAGAGGAGAAGUUACUUCGUGGGAUGUUGACGAUAGAACUCUCAUCCGGAGAAGAAGAAGAAGAAGACGAGAAGAGUUUAGAAGAAAAUGAUGCAGAGGAGGAGAAUGUGGAGAUCUCUGCCGACCACGAGAAGUCACCACAGAAUGAUAAUAGCUCAGUGUUUCUUGAUAACCAAGAUAGGGUACCAGAGUUAACAGAGAAGGAGGUCAAAGGGAGGAUGGUCAUGUACCGGAACCCUAGUACAGAGAAGUUUCAAGCAGCGGUAACCAAGGUGAAGUUAGCUAACAGUGUAGUCCGUAGACUUCAGUUCCACACCACCAGAACCGUAGCCAGAGCCAUUGAUGGACCUGAUUCUGCUCCUAAACGGCAGAAGAAAAAGCCAGCAGUAGAUCUGGGACACUUCCCUGCGGUGCUGAGGAUGAUCUGCAGGGCGGUGAGAACUACUGAACAGUGUUACUUAGUGGUGGAGCUGGUCAGUCCUGACCCUGAGAAGCUGCUCCAGUACUUGGUCAUCUUGAGAAACAUAAACGAGGAGGGACAGAAGGAGGACAUGAUGUUGGGAGCUGAAGCGGAGCUGAUCGAGAACCGACCAGCUAACCUGCGUUUCUGUGUGGGAGUACCUGUCAAGAGUCACGUGACUGUCAAACUGGACGAUGGAGACGGCAGUUUUGUAGUGUGUGAUAUGCGAACAAGUCUGGUCCUGAAACCUGCUAACAUUCAGUCUCAGUGGGCAGCCAUUAACUUCCUCUCCGGCUCCCUACAAAACGCUCUUGAUAACAACUUCUUCCUCUACGGCAAGAGUCACAAAUGGUGCUCCUUUUAUACCAACCAAAAUGACAUGGGCAGUGCAAGUAACUGGAACUUGUCCAGUUUUAGGAAAACACCAAGAAAGAGCAUCAUGGAAAUAUUUGACAAGAGGGCUGCGUUUGAUAAUCAGAAAUCCCCGAUCGGUGUCACUAAAAACCUCCUCGAUGUUGAACCUUCAGCAAGGGAGCUGCCGAUUGCUUCUCUGGACGAGUUGUCUCGGUUGAUUGUUCUGACGAUAAGGAGCGUUAUGUACAAUAUAGACCUCGAUGAAGCCAGCUGUAAAUCCAUCAGAACACAAGUGGAAAAAGAUAUGGGAAUGAGCCUGAAUCAUUACAAGAAUUUUAUCGAAGAGAAAAUCCUGAUGACACUCGGUCAGAUGGACGAACCGUCUCUAAUUAAAGACUACCUUUACCUUGGAUCGGAAUGGAACGCGUGUAACUACGAGGAACUGGUUGAGAACGGCAUAACUCACAUUCUCAACGUUACCUCAGAGAUAGAUUCUCCUUUCGAGUCUUCAUUCGACUAUCUUAGGAUCGAAGUGUUGGACGUGCCGAAGUCUAAUCUUUUGGAACACUGGGAAAAUACUCAUAAGUACAUUAAGAAUUGCCGGGACUCCAAAGGCAAGGUGUUAGUACACUGCCAGAUGGGAAUCAGUAGAUCAGGGUCCACCACUAUGUCCUACUUAAUGAGAGAAUACGACAUGUCGCUCUCAGACGCCUCUUCCUUCGUGAAGCAUCGCAGGUCUUGUGUCAAACCUAAUUGGGGUUUUCAAAAACAGUUAGAGCUCUAUCAGAAAACCAUCACAGAGUAUCACAAUGAUGAACAGACAUUGAAUCAAAUCCUGGAUUCUACUGAUAUCAAUGAACUUUAUGCAGCUGGUGGUGAAGUAGGAUAGAAUUCAGUCUUUUUAAAAGCUCCUUGUCAGCUUUCAGUCAGAUUAGUUUGCGAGUGAAAAUGAGGUACUAUAAAAAUAAGUAAAGAGCGUGCAUCUAUCGAUAGUCGAUGUAUAUUGUAUGAAGAAUACUGAAGAGUAAGUGAUGGAGAUCAAAUAAUUUUGAUGGAUUCCAUGAUUAUCAAAACUGAGGCAGAAUCGAACUUGCAAAUUUAUGCAGUUUUUAAUUAAGAUUUUUGAGUUUUUCAAUAUGUUGAUAAACGACACGUCCUUAUAGUUAUAAAUAUAUUUUAAUUCGAUUCGUUAGAUUUGAUAGAAUCAUACAAAUAUUAAGGGGUUUAUAAUGAUUUAAAGCUUGUAAAGAUAACCUUAAAUUUUUUGAAGUUUUUAAUUGUAAUUGUAUUCAGUAAACAUUCGGCGAUUUCAUUCAUCGUUGUUUGUGAACUCAUGAUAUCAGUCAAAAUCAGAAUUCCUGAA